AUGGAUUUAGAUAGUAGAGCCCAAUAUAAGCUAGUUUCUGUAGGCUAUAGUGAUGUAAACUUCGAAGAAUAUAGAAGAAUAUUAGAAGCAUUAUGUCCUUUAGGUGAACGAUAUGAUCAUGAAACACCAGAAAUGUGGUGCUCUCGCAUUCGUGAUCCAUUUAGAAAAAUACUUGAAGAGAACCCAAGAAUUCUUUCUAAGAAUGGAUAUAUUACAAUGUAUGGAAAUUUAUAUGAACAUGAUAAAGUCCAUGGUCUUCCAUCAAAUUACAUAUAUUGUAGUAUGUAUUCCAGAAAUACUAUUUCGAAUGAACAUGCAAGAAGAAAUGAAAUUCUCAAAUCUAUUGAUAGAAGGGAAUUUCAGAUCUGGCAAUAUAAACAAUACAUAUUACAAGAAGAAGCUAAAAUUAAUCGUCUUUGUCUAGAGCUUUUCUCCCAUUCUGCCUCACACUCAGAAAAGGAUAAGUUGGCAUCAGUAUCAUAUGAUCAUGAUGCGAAUUUCAUAGCUAGAUAUGAAAAUUAUGCACAAUCUAAAGCAACUGUAACAAAAAAUACUAUGCCAAGUGCUCCAGAUUUAAAUCCAUUUCGUGUUUCACCUGCCAGGCAAGAAAUGAUUCCACCAACUUCUUAUCAGUCAUCGAAUUGCAAAAGCGAUACAGGCGAAAUAUUUAUCUCGUCUCGGUAUGCAAAACAAAAUAACUUACUACCAUCUAUAAAUAAUCUUAAUCAGCCUGCAUUAAGAUUGGAAGAUAGGAUAAAAAUCACAUUCGUUUAA